AUGGUGCCUUAUUCAAGAUGUACAGAAAGUUGCGCCCUGGGUUAUGCCAUGCUUAUGCAGCCCAUUGUGAAAAGUGUCCAGAUGACCAGUAUUCCAAUAAGAAGCGGGAUCAGUGGUAUCCCCAAAAGCAUAAGCUUCUUAUCCUAUGAAGAAUCGUUGGGAUUCAUCCUGACUUUCCUUGCCAUUGCUUUGUCCCUAACCACUGCCUUUAUUCUGGGAAUCUUCAUUAAAUACCGAGACACUCCCAUAGUCAAAGCAAACAACUGUGAACUUACCUACAUCCUCCUGGUUUCACUCCUGUUUUCUUUCUUGACCUCCUUUCUAUUCAUUGGUCACCCGAUAAAAAUAACCUGUCUCCUUCGACAAACCAUUUUCAGUAUUGUUUUCUCUGUUGCUGUAUCUUCAUUGUUGGCCAAGACUGUAAUGGUGGUGGUAGCUUUCCUGGCAACAAAGCCAGGAAGCAGGAUGAGGAAAUGGCUGGGGAAGAGUCUGGCCCACUCGAUUGUUUUAUCCUGCUCUGGUAUUCAAGUAGGCAUCUGUAUGACAUGGCUGGGAAUCUUUCCCCCAUUCCCAGAUUCUGACUUUCAUUCCCAGCCAGAACACAUCCUGUUACAGUGCAACGAAGGUUCAGUGGCCAUGUUCUACACUGCCCUUGGCUACAUGGGUUUUCUGGCUGCCAUCUGUUUCUUAGUGGCAUUUCUGGCUCGAAAUCUGCCAGGGACCUUCAAUGAAGCCAAACUGAUCACCUUCAGCAU